GAUAUCCACAUCCGCGCGCAUUUCACGACCGCCGCGUUCGUCUCGAGAGCAGCAGCAGCAGAGCGGAGCUCGGGACCCGACCUCAUCCCUUAAAACAUCAAAGCAACCGGAGAUUAUGAAACGGAAUUGUGUUCGGAUUUUGCGCAGCGAUCCCACGUGUUGCGUCUGGUCUGCUCCGCUGUGUGCUGUGCGCGCGACCUCCUCUUCCUCCGCGUGUCCGUCGUGGGCUCGCGGUGGUGCAUCCUCCGCUCGUCACUGAGGAGAAGUCCUCCUCCUCACAGAGGCUCCAUGGAGACCUGCGGCGGGAGGAUCAUCUUUCGGGAGAGAUGAAAACCGACUUAUUUCCGCGCGAGAAAGGUCACCGUGAUGGGUGAUGACGUCCAUGUGGAGACCGCGAGACCGGACCUGGGGCUUCCUCGUGGAGGAGCGGGCGGGCUGCUGGGGUCCUGAGCACCAGGAGGUCCUCUCUCUGGACGUGAACCUCAAGAGGUCCGCUCUCUGGAGGUGAACCUCAAGAGGUCCGCUCUCUGGACGUGAACUUGAAGAGGUCCUCUCUCCGGGUGGACUCGCGUGAAGCUGGCCUCUGAUUGACGGGAUGAGUGUUCGCUGUAGGCCUAAAUGUUAAGAAGAAAGAACAUUUAUUUUGUCCAUUUAACUUUUGUUAAAGUUCCCCUGGUCUCCUCAAAGUUAAACCUCCGAAAAGCUGAAUAAACUGUUGCUUAAACAACGUUGACUUGAAUACAUUUAGACGUGCACGCACGCACGCAAGCGCACACACACACACACACUCACACACGCACACACAUACCAGCAGGAGGUUGCGCGCCUUGCCGCUCCAUGGUGCUGACCGUGUGGCCCAGGGAUGGUGGAGACGCUCAGCAUCGCUGUCAUCGGAGCUCCCGGGGUGGGGAAAACUUCCAUCAUCCGCCAGUUUGUCUACAAUGACUUCUCGGAGGUGUACACGCCCACCAGGACGAGGUUCGUGUACCGACCCUCCGUCAUACUCAACGGCAACAUGUACGAGCUGAAGAUCCUGGACGUCCCGCCUAUGACUUCCUUUCCGUCCAACUCCAGUCAGGAGUGGCUGGACCUGCGGUGCCGAGGCGUCCGGAACGCCAACGCCUACAUCCUGGUCUACGACAUCUGCUGCGUGGACAGCUUUGAGUACGUCAAGAUGAUCCGGCAGCAGAUCGUGGAGAACAGAGAGGGCAGCAGCAGCAGUAGCAGCAGCAGUGAGGUCCCCAUCCUGGUGGUGGGCAGCAAGCGGGACCUCCAGAGGCAGCGCUUCACCCCGCGCCGCGCCGUCUCCGUGCUGGUGAAGAAGACGUGGAAGUGCGGCUACGUGGAGUGCUCGGCCAAGUUCAACUGGCACGUGGUGCUGCUGUUCAAAGAGCUGCUCGGCAGCGCCGUGGCCCGCGGCAUGCGGCAGAACCACACCUCCAUCCGCCUGCAGGGGGCGCUGCAGAGGAACCGCUGCACGCUCAUGUGACGCCCGCGUGAGGCAAGUCCUCCAAACUCCUCCUCCUCUAUCCUAGCUUCCUCACCAGCUCCCUGCUCCGGCUCCUCCUCUGGAGCAGAGGUGAUGCUGGGGGUGGAGCAGACAUCGGGGUAGUGAACCCGGGAGUUUCCUACUUUAACAAACCCUUUUCUCUUUCCUAAUGGGGUUAAAAGACCGUAGGACAUCAAAGACCCAAUGUGGGAAAUUCUGAUUCUGCCAAAUAUCCUCAUGGAAGAGAUAGAAGAGAGAUGGCUGGAUGAUCCUUCCUGAACACCUCCGUAACAUUUUUCCCAUUAUCAGCCAGUGACUGCGUUCCAGGCAGAUGCCGCUAUGCUUCCAAGCAUCCCCAACUGCACCAGGUCCACGUUUAAAUGUAUGGUCGGAUUCUAUGUUUUUGAGCAAGGAAGAAGCAGCAAUAUUAUAAAGUCUUCCGUUCCAAAUGCAUUUGUCAGUAGUUCAGUCGGGUCGACCAGACUGACUUCAGCCUAGCCUACACGUGUCUCUCCAGCAGUGUUGGGAGGGAGAGGUCCACACAGCACAUGGAGGGAAGGUACCAGGAGACACCACAUGAAUGGAUGACCAGGAGACACCACCACAUGGAUGGAUGGACCAGGAGACACCACCACAUAGAGGGAUGGACCAGGAGACACCACCACAUGGAGGGAUGACCAGGAGACACCACAUGGAGGGAUGACCAGGAGACACCACAUGGAGGGAUGACCAGGAGACACCACCACAUGAAUGGAUGGACCAGGAGACACCACAUAGAGGGAUGGACCAGGAGACACCACCACAUGGAGGGAUGACCAGGAGACACCACCACAUAGAGGGAUGGACCAGGAGACACCACCACAUGGAGGGAUGGACCAGGAGACACCACCACAUGGAGGGAUGACCAGGAGACACCACAUGGAGGGAUGACCAGGAGACACCACCACAUGGGGGGAUGGACCAGGAGACACCACAUAGAGGGAUGGACCAGGAGACACCACAUGGGGGGAUGACCAGGAGACACCACAUGGAGGGAUGACCAGGAGACACCACCACAUGGAGGGAUGACCAGGAGACACCACCACAUGGAGGGAUGACCAGGAGACACCACCACAUGGAGGGAUGGACCAGGAGACACCACCACAUGGAGGGAUGGACCAGGAGACACCACCACAUGGAGGGAAGGACCAGGAGACACCACCACAUGGAGGGAUGGACCAGGAGACACCACCACAUGGAGGGAUGGAGAAGGAUACACCACCACAUGGCUAGAUGGACCAGGAGAUAACACAUGAUCCGGAGCUCAGAUGUUGUGCUGUUGUUCAGUUAAGACUUUCUGACUGAAAAAAGAGUAGAACUAGAUAGAGUAGACGCUGUCAUUUGUCGAUUUUAGCUUAUCAAACACUUUGCUGUCCAGCCUGGAGACACCAUCUAUCCCCUGGUCCAUCCCCUCUGCUGUCAGCCUGGAGACACCAUCUAUCCCCUGAUCCAUCACCUCUGCUGUCAGCCUGGAGACACCAUCUAUCCCCUGGUCCAUCACCUCUGCUGUCAGCCUGGAGACACCAUCUAUCCCCUGAUCCAUCACCUCUGCUGUCAGCCUGGAGAGACACCAUCUAUCCCCUGGUCCAUCCCCUCUGCUGUCAGCCUGGAGACACCAUCUAUCCCCUGGUCCAUCCCCUCUGCUGUCAGCCUGGAGACACCAUCUAUCCCCUGGUCCAUCCCCUCUGCUGUCAGCCUGGAGACACCAUCUAUCCCCUGGUCCAUCCCCUCUAAGUCUCAUGACAUCGCCCCUCCAUCGAGGCGAGUAGCAGCGGGGUGUGACUCCCCAUUGGAUGAGAGAGAAGGCUCACUCCUGUACAUAAGACCCGUAGGAUCCUUGAUUUGCAUGCUUUAGAGCCGACGGGUCAAGGUCAAAGUGCACUGAUGAAGACGUGUUGUUGUUUCAUUUACUAAUACAUGUUUGGAGAUGUUAUACAUGAAUGGUGUGGUUGUGAUGAAAACCGGGCACGUAAGAGCAGAUUUCACUCAAAAAGAAACAUGAGUUAUCUAGCAACAAAAGAAGAGAUAUGUAGCAGAGAUAAAAACAGAGAGCAACCACGUGUAGCAUGAGGUGUCAGUGUUUUGACCGUGUGAAAGUCUUCAAAUAUAAAAGGGCUACCGUUUUUUUAUCCAAAAAAUUGCUAGUAUUUAUUUUUACUGUGUUAGUACUGUGCUGGUAUUUUUUUCUUGACAAUUUGUUUAUUAAAAGCCUUUUAACAUAAUCA